AUGGCCACCUCCCGCAGCAGUAGCGAAGAGAACGCAGCGCCGGUUGUUGCCUGGCUACCACACUGGCGCUGCAAUAUUAUCGCACUGCUUCUUAUGCUGGUGUUUUUAGUGUGCUGUAUGGCGUACCGCAUGAGUAGAGUUCACCAACUAAACCUGGAUCUGACUGCCGAGGCCGAGGCCGAGACAAGGCUGCAGUCCAUCUAUAAGCUGCAGUGGGCAAUUGGAAAGUACCAAAAGGAUCUCGUGGAGCUCCAAAGAGAGCGAUUGCGAGAGCAGAAGAUACUGGAGCUGCUUAAAAUCGGCGUGAAGCAAGCGAAAAAGGCCCAGCAAGAGGCAGUGCGAAACACUCCUAAAAUUAGCCUCCCGCCCACUCUCCUGCCCAACUCCCUGCCCCAAAAGAUGAAUACUGUCUCGACGGGCGUAGCCGCCUCCUGUGCGAUGCACAACUGCUUCGAUCACUCCCGUUGCAGCCUCACCUCCGGCUUUCCAGUGUACCUCUAUGACCCCGACGAACACAACGUCCAGCGAACUGGCUACGAUAUCAAUGGCUUCCUCAAGACAACUCUCAAACAAACGCUCGGCUACAACGCGCACAUAGUGAGGGAUCCAACGCAAGCCUGCAUCUACCUGGUGCUGGUAGGCGAGGCUCUGCUGGAACAGGACCUGCUUCGAAACAACCGAUAUGCGGCCCAAGAGGCUGAGCAGCAACAGCCGACGGCUCCCAGCCAAACACACGACUGCCCCAUCGAAAUGCAGAAGCUGUACAACCUGCCCUACUGGGGAGGCGAUGGCCGCAACCAUGUGCUGCUAAACUUGGCACGCCGGGACCUCUGCUCCCGCAGGACGAAUGCACUGCUCCAGCAGAACACCAUGCGAGCCAUUGUGGUGCAGAGCGCCUUCGAGCUGGACCAGUUCCGGCCCAGAUACGAUCUGAUUGUGCCCCCCAUCCUCGGUCCACCAGGAGGAGACGUUUGGCAGGAGUGUGCCAGCAUGGUGCCCGCCCGCCGCAAGUACCUGCUCUCGUUCCAGGGAGAGAUGAGACCGAAAACAGACCCCCAAGGCUCCAACCCGCUGGACGACUUCAUACUGGAACACUUGACGGAUAUGUCCAAGGGACCCACUCAGGAUCAGUUCGAGCUACAGUUCCAGUGCGUCCCCGCCACGGAGCAGCAGGAGGUGGACUCCGUGUCCGACUGGACGCUGUGUGGAUCGGAUUCGUCCCGCAAGCAGCUGCUGAAGGACUCUACCUUCGCGCUGAUCCUUCCCCCGCUGAACGGACGUGUGGCUUCCACGCUCAUGCUAGCCCGACUAUAUGAGGCGCUGCGCUCCGGGGCCGUUCCCGUCAUCCUCGGAGCAGAUGAGCUUCGUCUCCCGUAUGCGGAGACUCUGGAUUGGCGUCGGGCGGCACUCCUCAUGCCCAAGGCUCGCAUCACGGAGCUGCACUUCCUCCUUCGAGCCGUCCAGGACGCGGACUUGCUUCUUCUUCGGCGCCAGGGCCGACUAAUCUGGGAGCGGUACCUCAGUUCCGUUCAGGCCACUGUGGACACGGUUAUAGCCAGCCUACGCGACCGCCUGGGGAUACCACCGCGCCCGGUUCCACCAGUAGUGGCCCAACGCGUUUUCAACAAUACUUUUGCGCCAUUGAAGGCAAAGAUUAGAUUAACCAUUUUACCAGAGGAGUUUCUGGGCCCCAUGGAGCCACCAUAUCCGAGUCCCACCUUCCGCAGAAACUACACGAUCUUGCGAAUGCAGUCCAAAGAGGCCUGGAACGACUGGGUAGAUCCCUUCUACAUGUAUCCCCAGCUGCCCUUCGACCCGGCCCUUCCCUCCGAUGCCAAGUUCAUUGGAUCCUACACCGAAUUCCGGCCUAUUGGUAAGGGCAUUGGCGGUGCCGGUAAGGAGUUUAGCGAAGCUCUCGGCGGAAACUACCCCAAGGAGCAGUUCACCAUCGUCAUUUUGACCUACGAGCGGGAGCCCGUACUGUGCGGCUUGCUUCGUCGCCUUUACGGGCUGCCAUAUCUGCACAAGGUGGUCGUGGUAUGGAACUCUCGAAAGUUGCCGCGGAUCGAGCUUCUCUGGCCGGAAAUUGGCGUGCCAGUGGAUGUAGUACGCGGCCCGCGCAACUCCCUUAACAACCGCUUCCUGCCGUUGGACGUAAUCGAGACGGAGGCGGUCCUUUCGGUGGAUGACGACGUUCAAAUCGGACAAGACGAGAUUGUGUUCGGCUUCCGGGUAUGGCGCGAGCACCGCGACCGUAUUGUGGGAUUGCCUGGCCGCUACCAUGCCUGGGAUGUGGACAGCAGCAUGUGGCGAUACAAUCACAGCUGCAGCUGCGAGCUGAGCAUGGUGCUCACCGGAGCAGCCUUCCUGCACAAAUACUACAUGUACCUGUACACCUAUCACCUGCCACAGGCCAUCCGCGAAAAGGUGGACGAGUUCAUGAAUUGCGAGGACAUCGCCAUGAACUUCCUCGUCUCACACAUCACCCGCCGGCCGCCGGUGAAGAUCACUUCUCGGUGGAACUUUCGCCGCCGUGGCAUGAAGGCUGCGCUCAGCCAAAGAGCCAAACACCUUCAGAACCGCAACAAAUGCAUCAAUUUCUUCAGCCAGGUGUUCGGCUACACGCCCCUGCUAAACACCCAGUAUCGGGCGGAAUCGGUACUGUUCAAGACUCGCAUUCCGCACGACAAGCAAAAGUGUUUCAAGUACAUUUAGAUCUA